AUGGCGGCAGAAGACGCAUGUUGUGAAGCCUCUAAUUUUGGGGCUACGCACGUGCGUGAAAACGUCGACAUUUUCUCCCCACGGCACUGCCCUUCACUGCACGAUCUGGGACUAUCACAACACCUUGUCCGGGCAAUCAGGAGCCUCUACGACAAUACAAGCUGUUUAGAAAAACGGCCAUGGCUGUCUCGGCCAGUGCGGCAGUUCGGUGGAACCCUCGGUGCAAAGGGCAGUGCAGCCUUUGAUGGCGAGAGCCUCGCCGAAAGUUCAUUCGACGGAAAUGUGGAAGGUCUAGAGUUCCGAAGGCCCUCGACACCGGUUGCUGGCUGCGUUAGCCAUUCUCGGCCUUCCUCUGCAUUUCGAGUUGGCGGUCCACCCGGAGUUGCCUCGAGGCCUGCUUCUGCGACCAAUGCGUCAGGAGGACAGUCUCGAAUGAGGGAGCCUGGAGCUCCAUAUGCAGACUGCAAGCGACGGCCGUGGUCCGCGCGAAGUAGCCAAACUUCAGCCACGAGCCUUGGCGCAUCUUCAUUGAAGGGGCUUGUCCCACAGUGCUCGCCAGCAGGAUGCUCGUGCGAAUGCACUGCUGACUCCACCUGCUUCAAUUGCAUGUGCUCCAUGGCAGAGCCACCUCUGCUUCGAACAUAUGGAAGGCGCAGGCCCAGUGAUGUGCUGCUCAUGCGUCGUUCAUUGAGUGCCAGGCCCCGGCUCAAUCUUCAAAUCCUCAGCACAAUGGGGGGCGUCAUUACCUCGGGUGCUGAUGGUGCCCUCGUACCUUGCGCCACUGGCCGGGCCAGCCAUUGCUUCCCGCUGCGGGUGUCCGUGGAAGCUGCACGAGCUGCUGCCGCUGCAGCGAUGGGAAGUGCAGUGCCCGCACUUGUGGUGGGAUACUCGACAGGGCUGACUAAAGAGGCUGGCGCGGCCUCAGUCAGGCUACAGCUAAAGCCCGGGUCAUCUGGGGCUAAAGCUUAUCGCUUUAAUUUGAGUUCGGCGCCAGCUAGUUGUGCCACUGUUUCCCUACGUUCAGAAGGACGGCUCGGUUUUCUUGCAGGAAUAGCAUCCCUGAUCCGAAGAGAGGACGGUAUGUUUUUGGAAGCUGUGGUUUUUGGCCGCCCUAACGAGCUGCUGCAAGAGCUGAUGCCCUUGGAUGAGAGUGUUCUGGAAUUGUUAUACCGGCUUGGUGCUGUGGUGGACGUUCGCAUCCUGCGAUCUCUGCCUUGGGAGACCGAGCCCGCAGAGGUGGGACCGGCUAGCGAAGCACGGUCGAGUUCCGGACGUAAUGGAGCCCGCAUUGUGGGCACAGGAUCACCUCGCGCGGACUCUGAAGAACUCGCUGCAGAGGCUGCUGCCGAGGCUGCGUCAGAAGCGGCUCCAACUCGCUCUGCCAAGGCGGAGUGGCUGGUCGAGCGCCUGCUGUCCUUGGCUUCCACCCUGGAGUCGCAGUUCGGCACUUCCCGGCAUGACUCUGAAGCAACCUACGAGGGAUGUGAACUAGACAGCGAGGGUGUUGUUUCAUGGCACGCAUCCGUGAUUGGUUGGCCAGAAAAGAUGCCGAGCUUGAAGCCAGUGUUGCUCAUGCAGCAACAGAGAGAUCUGGAGGAAUGCCGGCGGGACACACACGAGGCAGAGCUCCAGCGACAACGCAGUAGCCGUCUCCGCUUUGCAGCGCGGCGGCGCCAGGAGAUGGAUCUGGAGCUGCAGCAUCAUCGAGCCUGCCCCAUGUCUGCGCGUGAGCAUCGUCAUCCGCGCGAUUCGCAGGCUGCAGUGAAGCCCCGCACGUUGGCUGCAUAUGCCACACCUCGACCUGGAGCUCCAAGAAGGCUCCGUCCACGCAGUGCCUCUCUGAGGCCACAGCAGAAAGAAGGGUGA